AUGUCGAUACCAAAUCAUAAAGAGCUCCUAUCGAGCCACAGCUCACAGACAGACGUCCAAGACCUUGAGAAGGGCGAGGCAUCACCAGAGAAAGAAAACCAAGAAGAAGCCGCCGAAGAUAACGAGAUCGGUGCGGAGCUAGAAAAACACCUGUCCCGCAAAUCCACUAAGAAGGACGACCUCCCAGUCGAGAAAUACCCGUUGACAGAUUUCGACAAGGGCCUCGUAGGUUGGGCCUCACAAGACGAUCCCCUUAACCCACGGAACUUCCCUCACAAAAGCAAGCUAUUCAUUCUCUUCCUGGUGUCGGCCAUCACGUUCCUCUCGCCUCUCGCGUCCUCCAUCGUCGCGCCUGGUAUCCCCUUCAUCAAUGCAGACUUCCACAACUCAUCUCAAUUGCUGGGCAGUUUUGCUGUCAGUGUGUAUAUCCUGGGUUUCGCUGUCGGACCACUCUUCCUCUCUCCUCUCUCCGAAAUCUACGGCCGCUGCAUAAUCCUCAACAUCAGCAACGUUUUCUUUUGCGCCUUCACGCUCGGCUGCGCCCUCGCGCCCAACCUUGGCGGUCUGAUCGCUAUGCGUUUCUUUGCUGGAUUGGGCGGCAGUGCGUGUCUCACAAUCGGCACCGGUGUCAUAGCCGACUUAUUCGUUGCCUCGCAGCGCGGAAAAGCGGUCGCCAUGUACAGCAUGGGCAUCCUCUUCGGUCCGAUCCUGGGUCCCAUUUGCGGCGGCUUCAUCGCGCAGAGAGCCGGAUGGAGGUGGGAUAUGUGGGUCGUACUCAUCGUCUCCGUCCUCCUAACCGCAGGCCUCUUCUUCUACAACAGAGAAACCAACCACGUCGUACUCCUGAACCGCAAAACUACCCGUCUAAGAACCGAACUCCAGCGCCCAGAGCUGCAGAACGUAUUGAACGCGUCCAAACCCGCCGCCGCACUCACAUCGAAAGCCAUCCUCCUCAACGGCAUCACUCGCCCGCUCAAAAUGCUGGUCACUCAACCCAUCGUGCUCCUCUGCUCGCUGUACAUGUCCUUCCUGUUCGGCCUGCUCUUCCUCUUAUUUACAACCCUCACCCCGGUCUUCUUACAGACGUACGGCUGGGAGCCCGACAUGACCGGGCUCGCGUACCUAGGCAUCGGAAUCGGGAACUUCCUGGGCAUCGGCUUCGUCGCAAAGACCUCAGACGCAACCAUCAUCAAGCUAGCAAAACGCAACAAGGGCGUCUACGAGCCGGAAAUGCGUCUCCCACUCUGCGUUUUCUUUGGGCUCUUGAUCCCCGUGAGUUUCUUCUGGUACGGAUGGACUGCGUACUACAAAGUGCACUGGAUCGUCCCCAUCAUCUCCCUCGUCCCUUUCGGCUUCGGCGUUAUGGGCAUCUUCGCGCCCCUGCAAACCUACAUGAUCGACUGCUUUCCGCAAUACGCAGCCUCAGCAAUCGCAGGCAUGACAUGUCUACGCUGCCUCUUCGGCGCUCUACUCCCUCUCGCGGGACCUAACAUGUACGAGACGCUGGGUCUUGGGUGGGGGAAUAGUAUGUUGGGGUUUAUUGCGAUUGCAUUCAUUCCUGUGCCGGCGCUGCUAUUUAAGUACGGAAAGACGGUGAGGGAGAAUCAUCCUAUUAAGUUUUAAGUCAGCUGGGGAGAUUGAAGAGAUGGAGGCGGUUGUAAUAAAUGAGUGGAGAGCGUAGUGAUUAUAUGAUACCCUGUAACAGAUACACGAACAUAAGGCUGCACAAUAUAUUUGAACACGUGCGGAAAAUCCAGAACUACAGUUAAGAUCACUAAGGCAGUUCAGCAACCUUGAUAUACAAUACAAAGCUAGACUCCUGAUCAUCGUGCAACAAGGCUGAAUAGCUGCGGUGUCUCGCCCCCAAAGUGAAAGGAACCGAGCGAAUGAGGAAGCAAAAUGAUACCGGUAAAGCCAGGGGAAACCCCAGUAUCAAACUCACGAUAGAAUCCCGCGCUGGGUCCGAAGUUCCAACGCUGCGAUUUCCUUCAAAUGAGGCA